CAUAUUUCUCUUUUCUUCUUUUUUUAAAAACAAUAGCUAAACUAUAAAUGCUUAAAUUAGUCCAGAUAGUCAUCUUACUACUAAUCAUUGCGAGCUUGAUCUUGCAGAUUCUUGUUAUAUUUGGAAAUUACAGUGGACUUCGAAAAUUAAAUAUCAUUCGUGUUGAACUCACAAGACCUGCCUCCUCCAGCACCGGUGGACUAUUUGGUGGAUUUCUCGAUACAGUCGAUAAGAGUGUUCCUGAUUAUUUAACAGUGGGAUUAUUUGUCUUGUGUGAAGGAAAUAAUGGUACAGAAGAUGUAUGUACACCACCCACCUUUGGAUUUAGAUACAGCAGUACAGGCAUAUUAAACACGAUUCAGGAACAGAUUCCUGAAUAUGUUCACUCAACAUUAUCUGGAAUCCAAAAAGGUGUCUUUAUUGUAUCUGCAGCAAUUUGUUUUCUACUUUUGUGUUACAGCUUUUACGACCUACUGACGGGCAGUAAACGAGGCUGUUGUCGUACCUUUUCGUUAUUCACUAUUGCUACACUAGCUUUACUAUUUUGUAUUGCCACAUUUGUUGUACAGAUUGUUGCAUUUAAUUUGGUCAAGAGUGGGAUUACCAAGGCUAAAGAUGACCUCUUUGGGGGUCUUGUAGACAACCUGGUGACGAUUACUACUAAAAGAGGUGCUUCAGCUUGGCUAUCCUUGGCGGGUUUUAUUUCGCUAUUUUUGGUCUGUAUUUUAUCUAUCUUGAGUGUCUGUUGUUUAAAACCAAAAGCGGCAAGAAGAAAUGACGAAAACUAUGAGAUGGGUCCUGUUGCUCAUUAAAACUAUAGAAAAAUUUGUACAAAUAUAUUUCUUGUGCUACUAAAAAAGGUCAACAUUUUUUUUAAGGCGGGAAAAAAAAAUUAUCUUUUUAGUUGCUAUGGAUCUGGAACCUACACUGUUAAACUAUAUAUUAUACCAUCCAUACCGUAAAGACAAUACAUGUCCCUAAUAUAAUAAUAAUUGUAAUAAUUUUUCAAAAAAAAAAAA